GCAACGGUAAUGUAGACAUUUUGAAAUGUCUACAAGUCCUGCUAACAUGUUGGUCGCGAAUCAGAAGCUGGCUAAAUGCCCAUACCCUUUGCUCUCAGUUGAGCCCAAUCGCGGACUCGUGGAUGAAAAGAUCUGGAUUCUAGCGACAAAUUUAAAGCCGAGCCAGGAGGUGACACUACACUGUUUGCACCAGUCAGAAGACAAGGACUUUUGGGAGGCAUUUGGACAUUAUGUGAGCAAUGAAUGUGGCACCGUCACAGUGGCAAAGGACCGCUGCAUGGGAGGUACGUACACAGGGGUCGAGCCCAUGGCACUGAUGUGGAGCCUGCGGCCAGUACCAGGCAGCCGAACAGGACUGAGGUUGCGAAAGCAAGAUGUCCUCUCACCAAUGAUAUUCCACAUUUCUGUGUAUGAUGGACACAUCACUCAGGAUUUUAACCAGCUCACACCAUUAGUCACCACCAUCAUAGAAAGAUGGUACACGGCUCCAGGUGUGCAGAGAGUCAAUGUACAUGAGAAAGGAGUUCGAGGAACUUUGUUCAUCCCUCCAGGACCUGGCCCAUUUCCAGCUGUGUUGGACUUGUGGGGAGGAGGUGGAGGUCUGGUGGAGUAUCGGACUGCCCUGCUGGCAUCACAUGGCUUUGUUGCUUUUGCUCUGGAUUAUAUUUGGAUCUUGGAGUCUUCAAUAGAAACAAAAGGCAUCAGUGCCACUUAUUUUGAGACAGCACAUCAGAUCAUGCAGGACCAUCCCAAGGUGCUAAGAAACAGAGUGGCUCUAUUGGGCCUCUCAUUUGGUGGGUCUGUUGUUCUAUCAAUCGCUGCCAGCUCGUCUGUCAUUAAGCCCCAGUGUUGUAUAGGCAUCAGCUGCAGUCAUGUCACUGCUGUAAAUAAUGCAUUUUAUGACCCCUUUGAAGGGGUUAAAAGUAUGUUGCAUAAAGCUCGGGUAAAGGACAAUCAGGUCAUCUGGAGAGAUGCGAUCUUGCCCAUCCCAACAGGUCCAGCUAAGAAAGUGGAUGUUGGCCAAAUAAGAUGUCCGCUUCUUUUGGUGGUUGGAGCUGAUGAUCAGAACCGGGCAUCACUGGAGUCAGCUGAAGAUAUGGAGAGAAUGACUGAAAAGGCAGGAAAUCACCAUUUGCUUAAGAUCCUCAUCUAUCCUGGUGCAGGUCACCUGAUUGAGCCGCCUUACACACCACACCACAGAGCAACCAACUUCAGGAUUCCUGGCAGAGAGAAAGCGAUCAUACUUUGGGGUGGACAGACCAGACUGCAUGCAUAUGCACAAGAAGACUCAUGGGAGAAGAUUUUGACUUUCCUAAAGCAACAUCUCUAUUGUGUAGCUCCACAGAGCAGACUAUAGUGGCAUCAAGUUAUUUAGCUGUGCUUUGUCUGAUUAAAGAAAAAGACAAAACAUUGUUGUUUGUCUUUCAGCUGCUUCAGUUGAACUGGUCACCGCAAGUUUUAUGCCACAUGCCCUUCCAGACGCAACCCACCCAUUUUAUCUAGGCUUGGGCCACUUGGCACUGCAUCCAGUGGCUGGGAAUUAACCCCAUGCCUUCCGCAUGACAGGAGAGAAACCUAUUACUGAUCCACCAAUUCCCAAUUGAAAAAAGCACACAAAAUAAUUUAAAAAAAAGGUUUGUGCUUAUUUUUUACCACAUCAUUAAAACAGAGAAGAUUGCAUAUAGAAAACUUCAUAUCAAUGGUGGUGCACAAACUUUUACCCUUCAGAUUCGCAAGCUGUUCUA